AGAAACGAGAUCCCGCGGUUCAACUUCCGCCAUGUCUGAUGCCAGAUACUUUAUUUGAGUCUUGCUUUGCGCAGGCGAUUCUCCGUGCCCUCGUUCUUCGUUAGCAUCACGCAUCCCUCGUACUACAACACCAAUGAUCCGGACUGCCGCAUCCUGCCUAAUAGCAUGCUGAAUUUCCCAAGGAGUCGACCACGUAGCGCCAUUAAAUACGGCAUCACAGUUACGGAAGCAGUCAACCACGUCAAAUGGACGAUGCGCUAUAAGAAGAACUACACGGAAAUGGCCAUAUCUUUCUCCAUGCGUGGCUAUGUGUAUUUGCUGGGCCUGACCAGUGCUUUGUUCACGCCCUGCACAAACAUCUUCAGGUACUACGACACUGCUCCAAAUCGCCUCUGCAACACGAAACACGCAUCCAACUACCUCUACGACAUUGAAAUGCUUGCUGACUACACCUUCUACGUUGAUAGACCCCCAAGGAGCACAAUGAUGACCUUCGACUCCGAAGUCGCCAUCAAGUCAAAGCUUUGUUGGACGGCCGCCAAUUUCCCGAACCUUCCCAUCCUCGCCACCGCCUACGAUGUGGACUACGAUGCCAGUGACGAGGGCUGCCCUGCUCUGCACCUGGGAAAGGGUGCCUACAGACGCCUGAGAUUGCUCAAGGCUCUGAACAAUUACGUGCGACACAACUUUACGGAUCUUCAGCGCUGCCUCGCCGCUCAGUUUUGAAUAAACUUAAAAAGCAUACUCGACGCAGGCCGCGGAGCGAGCGUCACGUGAUCAACAAACCUAAAAAAAUAAAAACAAGGUAGGAUUGGCUGUUGCAUACCCUCUGCUUUAAUUAAAUAAUCAACCAGCUAAUAAAGAACAAAAUUAAUGAACGGAUUAAGGAAUCACGCAAAUGAAUAAUAAAGAAAUUACCAAUUAAUCACCAAUGUAAUUUAAUGAAUAAUUAU